AUGAUAUGGAUACUUGUAAAUGGUUGGAGGAUGUUGAUAUAACAAAACAGCCCGAAGUCGAUGCAACAUGCCAAUCAUUGAUGAAAAAGAUGCCAUCAACUCCAACAAUUGAAAAUAUCACAGCAGCACCAUCAACAUUUCUACCACCUUUGGCGUUUAUGCUGCAGAUGGUUGAAACGAAAGCCCUUACCGCUGGUCCGAAUGACAAAAAAACCCAAAUUAUUCUCAUUAACUCCCACUGUGUCAUUCAAAUGGAAGCAUGUCAGCAUCAAUGAAAAGGCCCUAUGCUGUUUGUCCAGACAGUCCAUUGGCAACCGGUCCUAUGCUAAUAAUCUCGAGAUCUUCUCUAACGUUUUUAAUUUUGCAAAGUUCGGAUAUGAAACCCUACAAGACCUUGUCAGAGCUCCAGCCAACUCUAAGGACAUGUUCAAUUGUGUAAUACACACAGAUGGCUUUGCUGUUACCUUUUUGUUUGUCCGUUUCCGGCAAGAAAAAAGUGCAACAGCUACACUCACUCUUGAGGAUUUUACUCCUGCUGAAAUCAACAAGUAUUUCAUGCCGGUAGCUGUAGAUCCAGGGCGUAAUGAGAUAUUCAAAGCUGUAGUUGGUUACAACACGGAUAUGCAUCAAAUUCGCACAUGUAGCAAAGAGGAGCGCGCUCAAAUUGCUAGAUAUAACAGACGUGCAAAGGUUGCAACUGGCAUUAAAGAAAUUGAGACCAAUCUACCGACGUGCAAGACUGUUCACUCCGAAAUACAAUAUAAGCUGUACCUUUCUUAUGUAUUGAGACAUAUCCAAAGCUUACAUGAAUUUUAUGGCUUCAACUCUGCCAAAUUCAUAUCUAACGACUAUCAAGGUCGUCAAAGAGCUGACGAAGAGCUCGCUAACAUGCUUUUGGAUGGAGGCAAAAAGUAUAAUCCCAGAAAAAGAAAAAAAACCAACAAGAAUAAACGGCGUAAAAGAAAGUUGCCGAGAGGAAGCAAGACAACGAAGAGUAAGGUACAUACAAGAAAAGCACAGAGGGCUGCAGAAUGGAGGAAGGAACGACAAGAGAAGAAGUUAACGAUCAAUGUGAAAGCAGCUGCGCAAGAAAGAUACAAAGCCAAGACUGUUAAGAAAUGGACCGCUGCUCCAUUCUUUGAAGACCGCAAGAAAAUUCCAAUAGUCAUUUUCGGUGACGGGAUGAAGAAUAAGGAUUGUGUAUCAUUCAAAGGCCACCCAUCAGGUGUGACAGGAAAGUUGUAUCGCACAUUGUUAAAGAGACAAAGAUGUUCACUUGCAGUCGUUGUAGACAUUAACGAAUUCAGAACGUCAAUCGUCUGUAACGGCUGCCUGGCUAAAAACAUGAAUGAAGUGAAGGUUGCUGAUGGAUCGUCAAUUUACGGUACCAAAGCUUGUAACGCUUGCGGUAUCGUAUGGCAGCGCGAUUUGAAUGCAGC